AUAGGUGCGCGCGUAACUCGAUAUGUACGACACACGGUGAUAUACACGAUCGCGAGCGCGUGCCUGUGUACAUGAAUAUAUUUUCACGUGCGAUUACGUGAACGGCGGCAGGGGAAGAACGUUGAAUAUACAGGCGUUUAGCGGCGUGGUGAGAGUGGAAGGAUGAUGAGCGCGCUCUCGUGAAUCCAUGAUACAUUUAGUUUAUGUCCGGCGUUCCGCGAGAACUGCUAAGAUCGCAGUCGUAUCAUUGUUAUCGGGAUGCUGAGACGCGAAGUACCGAUGUAAUGCACACACAUUUGCUGCAUUCGAGAAGCCGACUAUGCGAAACGCACCGAGUCACUAACGAUGGAUAUCCCAAUGAGAGAGCGAUCGUGAGGAUCGUCGUCGUUCUCAUCCUAGUAAAGCAGAUACAGCAGAGCGAGAUAGUGCAACGAGAAAGAACUGAGUGUUUUGUUUUGUAAAGAUACCGUUCGAUCAAUUUCUCGUUAUAAAUUAAUUUGUUACUAAUACUAAUGACGGAGUCAGAACAGAUGCAAAUGUCUGACAAAAUAAGGAAACCAUCCGAUGAUUAUAUAAAGAACAUUGAAGGAGGCACGCAGCCGACGCAGGGCUUGCAAACUAAAGUUUACAAGAGGCGAUGGCUGAUUCUUGCCAUUUUUGUGCUAUAUAGUGCGAGCAACUCUAUGCAAUGGAUUCAAUACAGUAUUAUAGCGAACAUCGUAAAGCGCUAUUACAACGUGACGAAUUUUCAAGUGGACAUGACAAGCAUGAUAUAUAUGAUAACGUAUAUACCAUUGAUAUUUCCUGCUAGUUAUUUGCUCGAUAAAUUAGGUCUCAGAUAUGCGGUGAUCUUCGGCGCGCUUGGAACCAGCCUCGGUUCUUGGAUUAAAGUGUUCAGCAUAGCUCGUGAUCGCUUUUGGAUCACUUUCCUCGGUCAGUCUUUAGUGGCAGUCAGUCAAACGUUUAUCCUUUCGGUUCCGGCCAGGUUGGCCGCGGUUUGGUUUGGGUCCGAUCAGGUCAGCAGUGCCUGCAGCAUCGGUGUCUUCGGCAAUCAGCUUGGUAUAGCUAUUGGUUUCUUAUUUCCACCGAUGUUAGUGUCUAACAGCGAGGAGAUCUGCGACAUCGAAAAUGGAUUGAAACUUAUGUUUUACAUCGUCGCGAUUUUCACGACGAUUUUACUAGUUGGUAUAUUAAUUUACUUUAAAUCGGCACCUCCUUUACCGCCUAGCCCCGCUCAGGCUGUGCAAAGAGAGAAUACACAAAACGAUGAGACAUUUUCCGACUCUAUCAAGAAGCUGUUCACAAAUGUCGGCUAUCUGUUGCUCUUACUAAGCUAUGGCAUCAAUGUUGGCAUCUUUUACGCAAUAAGCACCCUUCUGAAUCAAAUCAUUCUCGAAUACUUUUCUGGUCAUGAACAAGACGCCGGUCGAAUCGGUCUUACAAUAGUUUGUGCUGGAAUGUUAGGUUCUGUCGUGUGUGGUAUCGUAUUGGAUAAAACGCAUAAGUUCAAAGAGACAACGCUUGGAGUGUAUAUAUGUUCUUUUCUGGGAAUGUUACUCUUCACCUUCACAUUAGACAGCGGAAAAAUAUACGUCGUGUAUCUCACUGCUGGUAUUUUGGGCUUUUUCAUGACCGGUUAUCUGCCGGUCGGCUUUGAACUUGCCGCUGAACUGACAUAUCCGGAACCAGAGGGAACGGCAGCAGGUAUACUAAACGCAGUGGUGCAGGUGUUUGGUAUCGUCUUCACGACACUUUACGGUUACUUGUUCGGCGUGUGGGGCGACUUCUGGGCGAACAUUGCACUGUGCGUCACUCUUUCUCUUGGCGCCUUUCUCACAACAAUCAUACCGAACGAUCUGAGACGUCAGAACGCGAAGGCUUGACUUUCUAAAUAACAAUCGUCGUGACGAUUUUCGCAGCUGGCACGAGCUGUCUCGAUACUUGUACAGAAUUGAAAAUCGCAAACGAUCUAUUCUAUAUAACGGUACUAUUCUAUAUUCGCACGAAGAGAAAGAAAGAAAAAAAUAUAUUUAAUACAUAAAAUAUAUUUAUAUACAUGUAUCUAUUUUUCAUAAUGUGUGUGUGUGUGUGUGUGUGUGUGUACAGGGUCUUCAAAAAGUCCGGAAACGCUAACUAUCUCAAAAACAAUCAUCUAUAGCAAAAGAUAUGUAAGAACCAAAGUUAUAAGACUUAAAAAAUGUACCUAAUUAGUAAUAAGAAGAUUUUAGAGUUUGCAAGCUCAUAAGAAGAUCAAGUUGAAUUUUUUAAAUAAGACUUUCCUUUUUUUAUUACAUAUUCUUAUAGCUUAUUUCAAGAGCUAGCAUUAAGUACUUUUCGAGUUAUAAGGCUUAAACGUUACAGUAAUGCCUCUAGCAUUACCCAAAGUGCACAGUUAAAGGUUCUGCGGUCGAAUUUACACCUUCUUUGUGUGUGUGCGCACGCACGCGUCAGUAAAGAUACGAAUAAUGCAUAAAGCAUUUCUGAUCACUUUAGAAGAAAUAAGCAAUGUGGUGAAUAAUUUUUAUAAACGUUUAGCUCAUUGUCAAACAGUAGAAGAAAGACACUUUGAACAUUUGAUUAAUUGAAGAAAUAGAAACUAAUAUUUUGAAAGGUAUGUCACACAUACACACACGCGCGCGCGCGCACGAGGUGUAAAUUCGACUGUACAAUCUCUACGCGAUGCACUUUAGGUAAUGCUAAUCCCGGAGGUACUGUAACUUUCAAGCCUUAUGACUCGAAAAGUACUUAUAAUGAAAAAAUAUUUUAUUAUGUUUUGCAAAGCUCUUGAAAUAAGCUAGAAAAUGCAAUAAAAAAAAGAGGUCCUACUUAAACAAUUCAACUUGAUCUUUGUAUGACCUUGCAGAUCCCACUGAAGCUCAACUUCUUAUUACUAUUUAGGUGUACUUUUUUUAAAUCCUACAACUUUGUCUCUUACAUAUUUUGUGCUAGAGUUGAUCGUCGAGAUAUUUAGCAUUUCCGGACUGUUUGAAAAAGUGGAUAUCCCUGGAUAUCUUGUUAUUAUUUUAAAUGUAACAUCAAAACAAAGUGUUCUACUAAUUGCGAGUAUAAAUGAGAAGCAAACAAGGAUCGUUAAAAUACUUUUCUUUUUAUGUUAAUUGUUUUUAAUUUCAGGUGAAUAUUAGUAUUUAUUUUAGACAAUGUCGUAUAACAAUAAUAGAUUAAUGUAGUGCAAUAAUAGAAAAAGAGAAAUAUAAAAAACAAAUUAUUGUAAAUUAAUAAUGAUAUAUAAAAAAUGUGA